AACGCUCCCAAUCGGGAGGCAGACGAUCUUUUCGUCACGAAAGGUCUCUUUUGGCGUGGUCGAUUGUGUAGUCAUGCCUUCCGUGCUUUUGACCGAAUCCAUUGCGGUCGAAAUGGGAGCUAUGGAACCAUGGCCAGAAGAUGCAAGACUUUAUCAGCCAAGUGAAUAUAUGCAGAUUUUAUUGCCUGAUUACACUAAUUGCUUGAGCAUACAAGCAUUUCUUAGAAUGUGCUGUUUGAAAUAUAGAGUCGUAAUGAGAAAAAAUGCCGAACACAUGUCUCCUUCAGGACAUGUACCUUUUUUAAAAUGUGGAGCUUUUGUCAUUUCUGAAAUAGAUCCUAUUAUAGCAUUUGUAAAUACAAAGGGUAUUCAUCUGAGUCAACAUCUCGACGGUGCUCAAAAAGCAGAUAUGAGAGCGUAUAUGGCUUUGAUUAAUGUUGUUCUUGGUAAUGCAGAAUUGUAUGUAAGUUGGUGCCACAAUGCUACUGUAAAUGAGAAAACAAAGCCUAGAUGUUUAUCUGUUUAUCCAUGGCCACUAAAUUAUUUUUUAUAUUGGCAAAAGAAAUCUGUGAUGAAGUCAAAAUUAGCCUCAAAUCAUUGGUUGGAUAAAACUUUGGAUGAGGUUUAUGAAGAAGUAACAAGUUGUUGUCAUGCUUUAUCAGAAAGAUUAGGAAAACAAGCAUAUUUUUUUGGCACAAAACCAACCGAGCUUGACGCCCUGGUUUAUGGCCAUUUGAUGGGCAUUCUGACCACGGCCCUUCCAGACAAUGGACUGGCAUCCAUUGUCAGAAACUUUGAAAAUCUUCUGAAAUUGGUCAGUCGAAUAGACACGCAGUACUUUCGACAAAAUGAAAACUUGUAUGACAGUCCUUUGGAAGAGUAAUCUGUCUGCAUGCUUGUGGAAUAGUCACCCGGCACAGGAGAAAGGUUAGCACAGAGGCCCAUUUUUUCUAGUUAAGGCUGAUGCGCACCAGCAGCAAAA